GGAAGUAGAUAUUUUCACACACGUGAAUGUAGACAGCAGCGACAGAAAUGGAUUCUACAGAGCUAUCGACUUCAGAAAGUGUUUCUAAGAAGAGGAAGACGAAGAAACCUAAGAGAACAAUUAAAUCAGACGAAGAGCCAGCAGAAAAGAUGGAUCGAGCAGAAAGUGAAGUGAAUGAAAAUAACUCAUCGUCAGGAGCGAGUUUUCCUCCCACAUUCAGCGUGUCUGAGAUCAAAAACAAACAGCGCAGACAUGUGAUGUUCCUCAAACUAAAGCAGGAGAAAAGAAAGCAAAAGCUAGAACUGAAAAAGAAAAGGAAAAAAGAGAGAGCAGCUCUUGGUGACAAGGCACCACCUAAAGAAGUUCCCAAGACAAUAGAAAACCAGAGAAUAUAUGACGAAACUACAGUUAACCCAGAGGAUGAGGAGGUAGCUUUCGAUGAAGGAACCGAUGAAUUUUCUGCUUACUUUAAUCGAUUGACAAAUCCCAAAGUCCUCAUCACCACAUCAGACAGACCAAGAGGGAGAACUGUAAGGUUUUGUGAGCAGCUGGCGACAGUGAUCCCGCAUGCUCAUGUGUACUACAGAAGAGGUCUGGCUUUGAAGAGAGUCAUUCCUCAGUGUGUAUCACGGGACUUCACUUACUUGUUAGUGGUCAAUGAGGACAGAAAAGUGCCAAAUGGCUUGGUUGUGUGUCACCUUCCUGAUGGGCCGACUGCACAUUUCAAACUCAGUAGUGUUCGGCUUCGCAAGGAGAUGAAGAGAAAAGGAAAGGACCCAACCGAGCACACUCCAGAAGUCAUUCUCAAUAACUUCACUACUAGACUGGGUCACAGUAUCGGCCGGCUGUUCGCUGCUCUGUUUCCCCAUGAUCCGCAGUUUGUUGGCCGUCAGGUUGCCACAUUUCACAAUCAGAGAGACUUCAUCUUUUUCAGAUUUCACAGGUAUAUCUUCAAGAAUGAAAAGCGAGUAGGAAUCCAGGAACUAGGACCCCGCUUCACUCUUAAGCUUCGCUCUUUACAGAAAGGAACUUUUGACUCCAAGUUUGGGGAAUAUGAAUGGGUUCAUAAGCGACAUGAGAUGGACUCCAGUCGAAGAAAAUUCCAUCUUUAAGGAACCGUCUGAAAAAAAAAUCACAAAUGAGGAAUAUUGUUUCAUAAAUAUAACUUCUCUAUGGAAUGUUUUAAUAAAAUGCAAAGUCUCUGUCAGAAAA